CGGAGGGAUGCAGACACGGAGGAGGGAGAGAAGGAGAGAAGUGACAUCACAUCUCCCAUCUCCCUCUCUCCUCCUACAGAAACCUUUGCUCCACUUCUCGCCGAGGAGGCGCGCACUUUCUCUUCAUGCUCCUCAUUUCCUCCUAAAGAAAAAAAAAAAAAAAAAAAGAGAAAGAGAGAAAAAAAGGGGGUUGGACCGCAGUAUAGGAGAGAUUGCAAAAACAAAACUGCCAGCAUGAACAACAGUUUCCCGAACAUGGCGUCGAUAGGCGACCUGGACCCUCUCAGCCCGUCCAUCCCCGCCACCAAAGUUGAAAUCACGGUGUCGUGCAGAAACCUGUUGGACAGGGACACCUUCUCCAAAUCAGACCCAAUUUGUGUUCUCUACACACAAGCCAUGGGGAACAAGGAGUGGAGAGAGUUUGGCAGAACGGAGGUGAUUGACAACACGCUAAACCCAGACUUCGUGCGGAAAUUCAUUUUGGACUACUUCUUUGAAGAGCGGCAGAACAUCAGAUUUGACCUGUAUGAUGUCGACUCGAAGAGUGCCAACUUGUCCAAACAUGACUUUCUGGGCCAGGCCCAGUGCACCCUGGGAGAAGUGGUGGGAUCGUUGGGCAGUCGGCUGGAAAAACCUCUCGGGGGCAUUCAGGGGAAGAAAUGCGGGACCAUUAUUGUGAAAGCUGAGGAGCUGAACAACUGCAGGGAAUCGGUAAUGAUGCAGUUCUGCGGAAACAAGCUGGACAAAAAGGAUUUCUUUGGCAAGUCCGACCCGUUUCUGGUCUUUUACCGGAGCAACGAGGACAGCACGUAUACCAUCUGCCACAAAACCGAGGUGGUGAAGAACACCCUGAACCCCGUGUGGCAAGCCUUUAAAAUCCCUGUGCGGGCUCUUUGUAACGGUGACUACGACAGAACAAUCAAGGUGGAAGUGUAUGACUGGGACAGAGAUGGCAGUCACGACUUCAUCGGAGAGUUCAGCACCAGCUACAGAGAGCUGUCCAGAGGACAGAGCCAGUUCAACGUCUACGAGGUGAUCAAUGCAAAGAAAAAAGGCAAGAAGAAAAAAUACCUCAACUCUGGAACAGUAACGCUGCUGUCUUUUCUGGUGGACAUAGAAGUCACCUUUCUGGACUACAUCAAAGGAGGGACCCAGAUUAACUUCACAGUGGCCAUUGAUUUCACAGCUUCAAACGGUAACCCCGCCCAGCCCACCUCGCUCCACUACAUGAGUCCCUACCAGCUGAACGCCUACGCCAUGGCCCUGAAGGCCGUGGGAGAGAUCAUUCAGGACUACGACAGCGACAAGAUGUUCCCCGCGCUCGGCUUUGGAGCCAAACUUCCACCCGAUGGACGAGUGUCCCACGAGUUUGCCUUGAACGGGAACCCUCAGAACCCGUACUGCGCGGGUAUCGACGGCGUCAUGGAAGCUUAUUACCAGAGUCUGAAGUCGGUUCAACUCUACGGACCCACUAACUUCUCUCCCGUCAUCAACCAUGUUGCCAGGUAUGCAGCGUCUGUAAAGGAUGGCUCUCAGUACUUUGUGCUCCUCAUCAUCACGGAUGGCGUCAUCUCAGACAUGGCUCAGACUAAGGAGUCUAUUGUCAACGCCGCCUGUCUGCCGAUGUCCAUCAUUAUUGUAGGAGUCGGCCCGGCAGAAUUCGACGCCAUGGUGGAGUUGGACGGCGAUGAGAUUAGGAUCUCGUCCAGAGGAAGAUUCGCUGAGAGAGACAUUGUUCAGUUUGUCCCGUUUAGGGACUACAUCGACCGGACCGGGAACCACAUCCUGAGCAUGGCCCGUCUGGCCAAAGACGUCCUGGCCGAGAUCCCGGACCAGUUCCUGUCCUACAUGCGGACCCGCGGGAUAAAGCCUUCGCCGGCGCCGCCCCCCUACACGCCGCCGGGCCAGCCCCUCCAAACCCAGAUAUAAACGAGAGCAGGGCUCAGAAAAUGUUUCCAAGUCAGGGGUUUCGCAGAAGUUUACGCGCAAAAUACUUCCAUUUCCUUAAAGCCGCUCUCCACGCCUUCGCCGUCACGGAUCACAGCGGUCUUUCUCGUGUCAGGAAUCUGCACAUCGGGCUGGGAUAGAGCCGCUGCUGAGGGGAAAAGCUCAAGAGAGUGUGUUUACUUCCAGUGUCAAGCAUUCCUGUAAACGUCUGGAUUUGUACUCAUUUGUUUUGUUUCUAUUUUAUUUUUUUAAACCGGGAAAGGCUUCGGAGAAUGUUAGGAGGUUCAAGCUGCAAGAAAGUAAACACGGACGGGAACAAUGGACCACUCUCUGGAAACGUUGUCAAGAGAAUGUCCUCAGACAACCGAAGGAAUCACUUAAUAUGAAAUGAACUUCUGUAAAUAAGUGGAGAUAUCUAACUUCUCUCUCUAUCUCUCUAAGUCACUCGCUGUUUACAGUAAACGCUAUCAAGCAUUUUUAUUGUUGAUACUUUUAUAUAUAUGUAUAGUUUCCAUAUGAAGCUUGUGAUACUCUUACUCUCUCUCUCCUGGCAUUUGUGUCAGUGCAGGUCCUGGUGCAGGUCCUGGUAGCCCUUCUGUACUGUACUCUGGUGUUUGUAUCCAAACCUUUGCAUGAGUGUAGCCUCAGUCAAGUGCAUGCACGUAGUGGUCCUGCACUACCUCUACCGCCCACCCGUCGCCUGUGGGAGGUGAGUGUCAUUUUCACUUCACUUCGUCUAACUCCAUCCGUCUUUCCUUCGCCUCCCUCCCGUUUCUGUGGCUGUGUUUCCAUGCAGCAUAUUUUGGAAAAUUGAUUUUAGCUCAAGCCAGGUUUUGUGAUAAAAUCUAACAAACUGGAAUCGCUACUAGACCGACCUCCUUCUCAGUCCGGUCCGCCCUCGUGUCUCCAUUUACAGUGACGGACCUGGCGGGAUCCACUGAC